UUUUGUUAAUCAAAUAGUUCAAAAAUGCAAAUCUUCAUUUAAAAAAAUCUGAAGCAAAGGGAAAGGAUAAAACAGGUUAAAGGAGGAUCAUAACAUGGCCACAACAAGAGAAAUAAAUGUUCAGAAAAUCAACUUUUCUUGGCCAUUAUAUGCAUUCAUUCCUUUAAUCUUCAUUUUCUUGUGUUUCUUCUAUAUAUUUGCACAAUCUCUGUACUCCCAAUCUUAUCAACUUUCUCCUUAUUACCCAUUAUCCAUCACACCACCUUUUUCAACUCAACCCCUUUCCUUAAUCCCUCCAAAAGGUAAGGUAGAAGAGGAACAUGCAUGUGACUACACAAAUGGGAAAUGGGUAUACGACAAUCUUGGGCCAUUAUACAAUGAGACAAGCUGUGGGACCAUGAAAGAAGGGAGGAAUUGCUUGAGCCAUGGAAGGCCUGAUAAGCAAUAUCUGUAUUGGAGAUGGACCCCAGAAAACUGCAAACUUCCCAGGUUUGAUCCAAAGACAUUUCUUGAAACCUUGAGGAACAAGCAUCUAGCCUUUGUGGGUGAUUCGAUUGCCAGGAACCAAUUGGAAUCACUUCUGUGCAUGAUAGCCACUGUUUCCACACCUGAAUUGGUUUAUUCACAUGGUGAGGACAAUAAGUUUAGAAGGUGGUACAUUCCAACCCACAAUUUGAAUGUCUCCAUUUACUGGUCACCAUUUUUAGUGAAGGGCAUUG